CCCCACGCAGCGCCUCGGGACAUCCUGCAGGGGCGACAGUGAGGAUCCAGGAGGGAAGUGGUGCGCUUUUUCGGUGGAAUCUCAAACGAUGAAAGUGGCCUGGCGGUAGUCAGCGUCCGCCCCGCAUUCCCCUGGGUACCCACUGUGAGCCAGGUCUGUGUUCCACCGCGAGGAGCGGUGACCCGAUUGGGGGGUGAGGGAGACGCGGUCGCCACCCCGCAUGCGCAGAGCGGGGGUGCGGCCUCCAGGACUACAGUUCCCAGAGGAACGUGCGGGUGGCCGCAGGCGCGAGCCGCUGGCGCCAUCUUGAAAUCUGAUCCUCAAUCUCCGAGCCUUUGCGUCAGCGGCCGGCGGCGGCGAGGGGACGGCGAGCCCAGCCCGCUAGAAGCGAGGACGCUGAGGACGCGGCGGCUGGCGGGAGAGACAGCUGGCGGAGACAUGGCAGGUUCCGAGCGCGGCCUGCGCGGCUGUCACUCAGCAUCCCCCUGAGGCGUUUCUCCGCCCGCGCCCUCCCCGAGGGGCGGGGCCGACCACUCUGGUACCCAGAGCUCGCGCGCGGGGCUCGGAAGAGGGGCGCCCCUGCACCGUGGGGACCCCCCGGGGCUGUGCCAUGCCGGCGGGAGGCCACCGAGGCGGGAGACGGAGCGCAGCCAAGCGCCAGUGAGUGAUCGCCGAGCAGCGGGCGCCUCAGGGAAGCGCGGCAGCCGCCGGGAGGGAAGAUGAAGGAGAUUUGCAGGAUCUGUGCCCGGGAGCUGUGCGGGAACCAGCGGCGCUGGAUCUUCCACACGACGUCCAAGCUCAACCUCCAGGUUCUGCUUUCGCACGUCCUGGGCAAGGAUGUCUCCCGCGACGGCAAAGCCGAGUUCGCUUGCAGCAAGUGUGCUUUCAUGCUCGAUCGGAUCUACAGAUUCGACACCGUUAUUGCCCGGAUCGAAGCCCUUUCCAUCGAGCGCUUGCAGAAGCUGCUGCUGGAGAAGGACCGCCUCAAAUUCUGCAUUGCCAGCAUGUAUCGCAAGAAUAACGAUGACCCUGGCGCGGAGCCCAAGGCGGGGAGUGGGACGGUGGACAUUUCCGGCUUACCCGACGUGAGGUACUCUGCAUUGCUGCAGGAAGAUUUUGCCUAUUCGGGGUUCGAGUGUUGGGUGGAAAACGAGGACCAGAUCCAGGAGCUCCACAGCUGCCACGCUUCGGAAGGCGCUGGACACCGUCCCAGGAGAUGCCGCGGUUGUGCAGCUUUGCGGGUUGCCGACUCUGACUAUGAAGCCAUUUGUAAAGUGCCUCGGAAGGUGGCCCGAAGUAUCUCGUGCGGCCCUUCUUCCAGGUGGUCCACCAGCAUUGGCACUGAAGAACCAGCACUGUCCGAGGUGGGGCCACCGGACUUACCCGGCACCAAAGGACCCCCCGAUGGCGAAAGCAUGGAGGAAGGGACACCGGGAUCCUCAGUGGAAUCUUUGGAUGCAAGCGUCCAGGCUAGUCCUCCACAACAAAAGGACGAGGAGACUGAGAGAAGCGCCAAGGAACUUGUCAAGUGUGACUGUUGCUCAGAUGACCCGGCUCCCCAGCCUGUGUGUAACCACAAGCUGGAGCUAGCUCUUAGCAUGAUUAAAGGUCUUGAUUAUAAACCCAUCCAGAGCCCCCGAGGGAGCAAGCUUCCCAUUCCGGUGAAAUCCAGCCCACCUGGAGCCAGGCCUGGCCCUAUCAUGACAGAUGGAGUUAGUUCUGCUUUCCUUAACCGGUCGUUGAAACCCUUUUACAAGACACCUGUCAGUUAUCCCUUGGAGAUUUCAGACCUGCAGGAGCUGUGGGAUGAUCUCUGUGAAGAAUAUUUGCCACUCCGGGUUCAGCCCAUGACUGAAGACUUACUCAAAGAACAAAAGCUGAAUUCAGAUGAGACCAUAAUAACUCAACCGUCUGUAUCUGAUUCCCACUUGGCAGAACUCCAGGAGAAAAUCCAGCAAACAGAGGCCACCAACAAGAUUCUUCAAGAGAAACUGAAUGAAAUGAGCUGUGAACUGAAGUCUGCUCAGGAGUCAUCGCAGAAGCAAGACUGUGCCAUUCAAAGCCUCAAGGAAACUCUGAAAAGCAGAGAAAGUGAGACUGAGGAGUUGUACCAGGUGAUCGAAGGUCAAAACGACACCAUGGCAAAGCUUCGAGAAAUGCUGCACCAAAGCCAGCUGGGACAACUUCAUGGCUCAGAGGGAACGUCCCCAGCUCAGCAACAGGUGGCUCUGCUUGACCUUCAGAGCGCUUUAUUCUGCAGCCAGCUUGAAAUACAGAAGCUCCAGAGGGUGGUACGGCAAAAAGAACGCCAGCUGGCUGAUGCCAAACGAUGCGUGCAGUUUGUAGAGGCUGCAGCCCAGAACGGAGAACAGCAGAAAGAGGCUUCGUGGAAACAUAACCAGGAAUUGCGAAAAGCCUUGCAGCAGCUACAAGGAGAAUUGCAGAGUAAGAGCCAACAGCUUCGUACCCUGGAGGCUGAAAAAUACAAUGAGAUUCGAACCCAAGAGCAACACAUUCAGCGCUUAAGCCACAGCCUGAGUCACAAAGAGCAGCUGCUUCAGGAAUUUCGGGAGCUCCUGCAGCAUCGAGAUAACUCGGACAAAACCCUUGAAGCGAAUGAAAUGUUGCUUGAGAAACUGCGUCAGCGAAUACAAGACAGAGACCUCGCUCUAGAGCGGGCUAUAGAUGAGAAGUUCUCCACUCUAGAAGAAAAAGAAAAAGAGCUGCGGCAGCUUCAUCUUGCUGUGAGAGAACGAGACCAUGACUUAGAGAGGCUGCGCGGUAUCCUCUCCUCCAAUGAAGCUACCAUGCAGAGUAUGGAGAGUCUCCUAAGAGCCAAAGGCCUGGAAGUGGAACAGUUAUCUGCUACCUGUCAGAACCUCCAGUGGUUGAAAGAAGAAAUGGAAACCAAAUUUAGCCAUUGGCAGAAGGAACAAGAAAGUAUCAUUCAGCAGUUACAGACAUCGCUGCAUGACAGGAACAAAGAAGUUGAGGAUCUCAGUGCAACACUGCUCUGCAAACUCGGACCUGGGCAGAGUGAGGUAGCCGAGGAGCUGUGCCAGCGUCUGCAGCGGAAGGAAAGGAUGCUGCAGGACCUUCUCAGUGAUCGAAACAAACAAGCAGUGGAGCAUGAGAUGGAGAUCCAGAGCCUGCUCCAGUCUAUGGGCGCCAGGGAGCAGGAGAGCCAGGCUGCUGCAGAGAAGAUGGUACAAGCCCUAAUGGAAAGAAAUUCAGAAUUACAGGCCCUGCGCAGAUAUCUAGGAGGGAAAGACUCCAUGGUGUCCCAAGCACUCAUCUCUAACCAACCAGCUGAAGUUACCUCCCUCAGCCCCCAUCUUGGAGAGCAGACUGAUCAAGGUUCCGUGCAUAUCCCCUCCAGAGAUGAUAGCAGUUCCUUGACUGCCAAAGGGGGUACCAGCAUACCCAGGUCCUCGUUAGGAGAUUUGGACACAGUGGCAGAGCUGGAAAAAGAGCUGAGUAAUGCCAAAGAGGAACUUGAACUCAUGGCUAAAAAAGAAAGAGAAAGUCGGAUGGAGCUUUCUGCUCUCCAGUCCAUGGUGGCCAUGCAGGAGGAAGAGCUGCAGGUGCAGGCCGCCGACAUGGAGUCCCUGACCAGGAGCGUGCAGAUUAAAGAAGACCUCAUAAAGGACCUGCAAAUGCAACUGCUUGAUCCUGAAGACAUACCAGCCGUGGAACGCCUGACCCAGGAAGUCUUACUUCUUCGGGAGAAAGUUGCUUCAGUAGAAUCACAGGGUCAAGAAGCUUCAGGAAACCGAAGACAACAGUUGCUGUUGAUGCUAGAAGGACUGGUAGACGAACGGAGUCGGCUCAAUGAGGCCUUACAAGCAGAGAGGCAGCUCUAUAGCAGUCUGGUGAAGUUCCACGCCCAUCCUGAGAGCUCUGAGAGAGACCGAACUCUGCAGGUGGAACUGGAAGGGGCCCAGGUGUUACGCGGUCGGCUGGAAGAAGUUCUCGGAAGAAGCCUGGAGCGCUUAAGCAGGCUGGAGACCCUGGCCGCCAUUGGAGGUACACCUGCAGGGGAUGACACAGAAGAUGCGAGCACCGAAUUCACGGACAGCAUUGAGGAGGAGGCUGCACUCAACAGCCACCAGCAACUCAUCAAGGUGGCUUUGGAGAAAAGUCUGGCAGCUGUGGAGACCCAGAAUGUGUCUCUUCCUCCUCCUUCCCCGACAGGAGGGGAAAAUAACAGGGGUCUUCAGGAGGAAAUGCUCCACCUGAGAGCUGAGAUCUACCAGCACUUAGAGGAGAAGAGGAAAGCUCAGGGGGAACUGAAAGAGCUAAAGGCUCAACUGGAGGAAGCAGGCUUCUCCUCUGUGGCCCACAUCAGGAACACCAUGCUGAGCCUUUGCCUUGAGAAUGCUGAGCUGAAAGAGCAGAUGGGAGAAGCCAUGUCUGAUGGAGGGGAGAUCGAGGAAGAUAAGGAGAAGGGCGAGGCCAUGGUGGCAGCCAUGGGGGAUCUGAAUGAGAAGAGCCUCCGGGCGGAGCUCAGAAAGCUCCAGGACAAACUGAAGAACGCCUGCCACAUCAUCAGCCUCCUCAAAGAGCAGCUGGUGUUGAGCAGCAAGGAAGGGAGGAGUAAACUUAAUCCAGAGCUCCUUGUGUGCCUGGCCGGAGAGACGGACGGGAUGAACACAGAGCCGGCGGGUCCUCCCGGAGAGCACCGCCACCAAGGAGCCGAGGAUGUGACCACGACGCCCCGCCCCAGACCCCAGAGCCUCGACCUUGGGGCUGUCCUUGCAGCGAAUACCCACCAACUGGAUAACCAGCCGCAGGCCCGUGAGUCAGAAUUGAGCCUCCCAGGUCCCACCAAGCACCUGCGCUCCCAGCUGGCACAGUGCAGACAACGCUACCAAGAUCUCCAGGAGAAGCUGCUGAUAUCAGAGGCCACUGUCUUUGCCCAGGCCAACCAGCUGGAGAAAUACAGACUCAUGUUCACAGGUGAACCCUUGGUGAAGCAGGACAGCAAGCAAGUCCAGGUGGACCUCCAGGACCUGGGCUAUGAGACUUGUGGCCGAAGUGAGAAUGAGGCCGAGCGGGAGGAAAGCACCAGCCCCGAGUGUGAGGAGCAUGACAGCCUCAGGGAGACCGUUCCCAUGGAGGGGCUGUGCCCUGAGCAGGGGCGCCGGGGCUUGACACUGGCCGGUCCCCCUGGGAAGAAGCCCUUGGAGAGCCAACUCCGGAAGCAGGAAGAGUUCCAGGCAUAUGGAAAGUCGGAAGACAUCUCUGUCCUCCGUAAGGACAUCAAAGACCUGAAGGCGCAGCUGCAGACGGCCAACAAGAUCAUUCAAAACCUCAAGAGCCGGGUCCGGUCCCUCUCGGUCACAAGCGACUAUUCGUCCAGUCUGGAGAGACCCCGCAAGCUGAAGGCCGUGGGCCCCCUCGAGGGGUCUUCCCCUCAUAGUGUCACUGAUGAGGAUGAGGGCUGGCUGUCUGAUGGCACUGGGGCUUUCUACCCCCCCGGGCUCCAGGCUAAAAAGGAUCUGGAGAGUCUGAUCCACAGAGUGUCCCAGCUGGAGGCCCAGCUCCCGAAAACCGGACUGGAAGGGAAGCUGGCCGAGGAGCUGAGAUCAGCCUCGUGGCCUGGGAAAUACGAUUCCCUGAUUCAGGAUCAGGCCCGAGAACUGUCCUACCUACGCCAGAAAAUACGAGAAGGGAGAGGUAUCUGCUAUCUUCUCAUGCAGCAUGCCAAAGAUACAGUCAAAUCUUUCGAGGACCUUCUAAGGAGCAAUGACAUAGACUACUACCUGGGACAGAGCUUCCGGGAGCAGCUCGCCCAGGGAAGUCAGCUGACAGAGAGGCUCACCAGCAAGCUCAGCACCAAGGAUCACAAAAGUGAAAAAGAUCAAGCUGGACUUGAGCCACUGGCCCUCAGGCUCAGCAGGGAGCUGCAGGAGAAGGAGAAAGUGAUCGAAGUCUUGCAGGCCAAGCUGGAUGCCCAGUCCCUCACGCCGUCCAGCAGCCAGGCUUUGUCCGACUGCCACCGCUCUCCCAGCAGCUCCUCCUUCCUGUCUGAUGAGCUGGAAGCCUGCUCGGACAUGGACGUAGCCAGCGAGUACACACAGUAUGAAGAGAAGAAAGCUUCGCCUGGUCACUCAGAUUCCAUCCAUCAUUCACGUCAUUCUGCUGUACUGUCUUCUAAGCCAUCAGCAACCAGUGCACCUCAGGGGGUUAAGGCCGAACCCAGCAGCAACCCCAGCAGCUUGCCUGCUCCCCAGAAAACCCCCCAGGAGGCCAGCCAGGCCCAUCCAGGCCUUCAUUUCCCCACCAUACCCAUGCUGGUUAGCCUCCCCCGGGCACCGUUGCCCUCAGCUCCAGCCAGCUUCCUGCCUUUCCGCUCCACUGGCCCUCCCCUCCUCGGCUGCUGUGAGACACCCGGGGUCUCCUUGGCAGAGGCUCAGCAGGAGCUUCAGAUGCUGCAGAAGCAGUUGGGAGAAAGUAUCAGCACCGUCCAUCCUGCUUCCCCAGCUACGUUGCCAAGCAACCAUUUAGAAGCCAAGCCUUCCCACUACCUCCACCCCGCGCAGCCCCAGUCUCCGCCGAGGGGCACGAUAGAACUGGGCAGGAUUCUGGAGCCUAGGUACCUGGGCAGCAGUGACCACUGGGAUAUCAUGAGGCCUCAGAAAGGGAGCGCAGCAUCUGGGGACGUAUCCUCAGGCUCCUCCGUGUGCCAGCUUCACUCCAAACCCACAGGGGCUGACCUGCUGGAAGAGCAUCUUGGUGAAAUCCGGAACCUGCGCCAGCGCCUGGAGGAGUCCAUCUGCAUCAACGACCGUCUGCGGGAGCAGCUGGAACACCGGCUCAGCUCCACUGCCCGCGGGAGCGGACCCACCUCUACCUUCUACGGUCAAGGCCUGGAGUCCACACCUCAGCUGUACAAUGAGAACAGAGUCCUUAAGGAAGAAAACCGGAGCCUUCAGGCUCAGCUGAGUCACAUGUCCAGAGAGCAUUCCCAGGAAACGGAGUGCCUGAGGGAGGCUCUGCUGACCUCGAGAUCCCGGCUUCAAGAGCUGGAAAUGGAGCUGGAAGGCCAGAAGGUAGACCGGCAGCAGCUUUUGGAAGACUUGAAGGAGAAGCAGCAGGAGAUCAUGCGUUUCCAAGAGGAACGACUGUCCCUCCAGGAAAAAGACUCCAGGCUGCAGCAUAAGCUGGCGCUCCUGCAGCAACAGUGUGACGAGAAGCAGCAGCUCUUCCAGUCCCUCCAGUCGGAGCUCCAGAUCUACGAGGCACUUUAUGGCGAUUCCAAGAAGGGACUGAAAGCUUACACCUGGGACGCCUGUCACCAGGUCCCUUUGAGCAGCGACUUGAGCCACCUGGUGACAGAGAUCCAAGCUUUGAGAGGGCAGCUGGAGCAGAGUAUUGAGGUGAACAACAGUCUGCGACUGCAGCUGGAGCAGCAGUUGGAUGGUGGUGCCGGCAAAGCCCACCUCAGCCCCUCCUCCAUUAGCCACAGCUUCCCAGCCGACUCUGAGCCUGGUAACAAGCAGCCGCUCUUCCAAGAUUCUGUUGCCUCCCCUCCAGUGCGGGAUGUCGGCAUGAAUCCAGCUCUGGUUUUCUCCAGCUCUUCUUCCACUACUCCUGGCUCAGAGACGGCCAUCUUCAAUAAGACACCUGAGCUGGGUUUGGAUGCUAUUCCAGAAACGAAGAACCCACCCAAGCUGGAGGGCGAUGCUACUGAUGGCUCCUUUGCCAAUAAGUACGGCCGCCAUGUCAUCGGCCAUAUUGAUGACUACAGCGCCCUAAGUCAGCAGAUCGGGGACGGCCAACUGCUGGUCCAAAAGAUAGUGUCUCUCGCGAGAUCCGCCAGCAGCAUCCCUGGCCUGGAAGCUCAGGGCACAGAGGUGCCAGGCAGUGAAGGCAUCCGCGAGCUCCGGACCAGCGCCAGCGCCCUGCACCACACGCUGGAGGAGUCGGCCUCCCUCCUCUCCAUGUUCUGGCGAGCGGCCUUGCCGAGCCCCGCGCUGCCUGGCAAAGCGGGAGAGUCCGUGAAGAGGGAACUCUUGGAACUGAGAACCAAACUCUCCAAACAGGACCGCCUCCUUCAGAGCACAGCUGAGCGUCUGAAGACCGCCAACCAGCAGAAGGAGUGCAUGGAGCAGUUCAUCUUCAGCCAGUUGACUAGGACACAUGAUGUUUUGAAGAAGGCGAGGACUAAUCUGGAGAAGAACACUUACAAGAUUGCCUCUGUAAAGCCUUAUUCCUGUCCCAGCAAAGGUGAAAUCCCUAAGGGCUCUGCCAGGCGUUCCAGUCUUGUGACCCUUGCCUUCCAGGAGCCAUGCAAGAAACGAAGCCACCAGAGGUCCUUAAAACAGCAAGAGGGGUGGGCCUGCCCCCCUUUCACCCAGCUACCUAUCUGCUGAGGAGAUCUCGGCCCUACUCCUCACCCGCUGGAGGAUCUAGAAGGAGCCAGAGAAGUGGCCUGGUCAGGCAGGCCGAACGGCAGAGAGCCUUUCCUGCUCUUCUGGAAAGGUCCACCUGGUCUGGCACGAAGCAAAACGUGUAGUUUGUAGAGGACCUGUGACACUGCUUCUAACCGCCCCAGGGCCAGGAACUAGCACAGCUCACCUCAGCAGCUCUCCUCAGAUGUCAGCUCAGGGGAAACAGGACCCUGCUUGCCACGCAGGGGGCCACGCGGUCCCAACACUGGAGCCUCUCGGCAGGUCGAAAAGCACACGACUGAGCAGCGGUGCCCUGCUGGGCACUGGGGCUCGGCCAGCAUUACUCACAGAUCCACAUGGGACCCGGGGCCAGCUCGGCCGGGUCCCAGGCAGGCUGGAUGGCAGCCUACACGGCAGCACCUGAGUUCUUUGAAGCCACCCGGUGAAAGAGGUGACUUCCCAGAUACCAUCUCCUGCUUGGUGUAGCAUCUCCUGUGUCUGUUCUUUUAGGAUCUCCAAUGGGUACUGUCCUCACUGUAAACACGCUGUCCCGUUUUAGCAUCGUAACUUCUCUCUAGAGAAGUGGGGACUCAUGGCCAGACCAAGCCCACUGAAAGUCUUGUGUAAAGCAAACCAUUGAUCCUUUUUAGGUGGCAUGUGCGAGGCCCCCAGUUGUGCGAAAGCCUAGUCUGUGUCUACACAGUGCUUUAGAAUGUGUGUACGUGUGUAUAAAUGUAUGAUACAUAUUUAUAUAUGUUGCUACAGCACUAUGUUGAAAGCCAACAUAACUGGUGGACAGGGUCUGUGAGAGAAAAUGAAACAGUUUUCUGGUGGCUAUUAAAGCAUAAUGUGCAUAAAGAAAUAAAAA